GGAUUCCACACAGGAAGGUCACACCAUCCCUCACCAUCAUCAGAAAGGAGACCCAAGCAAUAUCGUUGUUAAAGAAGAAUUAAAAGGGGAGGAGUGUGAGGAUGACAGUUUGAGGGAAAAGUCUUCAGAAAGACACAAGGACACCAUGGUGGAGUCAUCCAGUAACAGGAACCCACCAGAGAGAUGUCCCCGUCCUCUGUAUUCCCGGGAUUCCACACAGGAAGGUCACACCAUCCCCCACCAUCAUCAGGUAGAUGGAGUUGGAACAUCUCUGACUUAAAAACAAUUUCAAACCAAAUAAGAUCAUCUUCUUCGAGGUCUCCAGCUAUUGGUGCUUAUGGUUUGAGGAUGUUGCCUUUUUUUUUAUCAUUUUGUGGUUUUAGGGUGAAGAACUGAUUGAUAUAAAAGUUGAGGUGAAGAAGGAAGAAGAAGAGACGUAUGUGACGGGUGAUCGGCAGGGAACGGAGGAGGAUGUGUUUAUGGUGACAAUCCAAGAGGGGGAAUCUUCUGUAGAUAUCAGCUCAGCAGAUGGUCACGAGUCCCAUAAGAGAACAGGCAAAGGGGAGAAUCCGUUUUCAUGUUCGGAGUGCGGGAAGUCUUUUCGAUUAAAAUCUCUACUCGUAAGACACCAAAGACGUCACACGGACGAGCGGCCCUACUCCUGCUCUGAGUGCGGGAAAUCUUUUAAGAACAAAUCGGAGCUUGUCCGACAUAUGAAGAACCACACAGACGUGAGGCCGUUUUCCUGUCCCGAUUGCGAUCUGUCCUUCAAGAGGAAAUGUCACCUGACGACGCAUCUCCGAGUCCACACGGGCGACACGCCCUUUUUGUGCGUCCAUUGCGGGAAAGGUUUCACGUCGAGAUCGCAGCUUGGCAGACAUCUAAGAAGUCACACCGGAGUGCGGCCCUAUUCGUGUUCGGAGUGCGGGAAGUCGUUCGCCGAGAAGUUCAUGCUUGUCCACCAUAUCAGAGUUCAUACCGGCGAAAGGCCUUUUUCGUGCUCCGAGUGCGGUCAGCGUUUUAAAGUAAGAAGCGUUCUGAUGGGACAUAUGAGAGUCCACACAAAAGAGGCUCCCUUCCCUUGUCCUGUGUGCGGGAAAUGUUUUACGCGGAAAGAUAUCCUCAACAUACACAAGCAAAGCCACUCUGAGAAAUUGCCGUACACGUGUGAGGUGUGCGGGAAAGGCUUUACGUGGAAGAACACCUUCAUUAAUCACCAGCAGACUCACACCCGGGAGCGUCCUUUUUCCUGUCCAGAUUGCGGCAAAUGCUUCAGCCAAAAAACUGCGCUUUCGCAGCAUCGGAAGCUUCACUUAGACGAAGGUUCGUUGUCCUGCUCGGAGUGCGGAAAUGCGUUUAAGACAAAAUAUGAACUCCGAGUCCAUUGGCGGGUUCACACGGGUCAGGAGAUCUUUCCCUGCUCGGAGUGCGAGAAACGUUUCUCACGGAAAGGUCACCUUCUUCUCCACCAGAGGAGUCACACGGGUGAAUGUCCUUUUCCGUGUUCAGAGUGCGGCAAGUCUUUCUCGAGAAAAGUUCAACUUCUUCGACAUCAGAGAAGUCACACCGGCGAGCGUCCUUUUUCGUGUUCCGAGUGCGGGAAAAGUUUCACUCAGAAGGUGCACCUUAUUACGCACCAGAAGAGUCACGAGGGCGAGCGUCCCUUUUCUUGUCCGGAGUGCCAGACGUCCUUCAAAACGAAAUCCGAGCUCCUCCUGCACCAGAGAGGUCACACCGGCGAGCAGGUCUUCCCCUGCUUGGAGUGCGAGAAGUCCUUCCUUACCAGGUGGCAGCUUGUUGAGCACCAGCGAGUUCACACCGGGGAAAAGCCCUUCUCCUGCUCCGAGUGCAGCAAGCAAUUUUCCCACAAAGCAAGCCUUAAGAUGCAUCAGAAACUCCACACGGGCGAGAAGCCGUUUUGCUGCUCGGAAUGCGGGAAAUGUUUCAUACGGAAAGAACAUCUAACUAAACACCAGAGAACGCACAACCGCUGAAGUUAACGUUUUUCAACCUUUUUGUGGACUGAAUUGUUAUUUUCAUUAAACGGUUGUAUCACAAACAUAUGGGGUUGGUCACCUAAUGGCUCGUUGACUGUUGGGAUCCUGAGACUCCUUGGGAUGUUUCCACUCCUUGUUCCCAACAUGAAAGGUCCAUCUCCAUUCCUCAAUAUAACUUCAUGUUCCCAGCAAGUGAGUAGAAGAUACUUUACACCUGGGUUCGACAAACCCCGGGUGCCAGGUCGCAUUUGCGACUAAAAUUAGCGACAUGUCUCCGUGCGCAAACCCCCGAUACGAUCGCGUUUGGCCGGCCAGUAAUUGAGGCAGCGGAAUUGUGGCCUUCUGCAGUCCUAUGCUUCCUUCUGAAAUCUGGUGCCCUCUUGUGGUGGCUGUUGGUAUGACAAGUCAAACCAGCAAUGCUAAUGGAGCGUUCCCAUCCUGUUUCACUGCCCGCCCAUCUCCUUCCCUUUACUUAGAACCCCCAAACAUUAUAUAUAUUUUUUAUUCUAACACCCUAGAGCUGUCGU